UCAUACUGUUUACCGGUGAUGGUAGCGGGACAGUGUUGUACACAGGAUAAAUGAUAUAUCACGGAAUAACGGUCUUAUGACAGGAUUGUCUCGUGUUGACAUCUCGUGCAUUGCACGCGCAUGGAAGGUUUUCAAGUCACAAAGAUGUUUCGCUGGUUGAAAGACAAGAAGAAACAACCAAGAAAGGCAGGUGACAAAGACAAAUCUAUCGAGGAUGAUUAUGGUUUUAGGAAAGAUCAGUCCAGGAAUCCCACAGACGCUUUACCGGAAUUCAUCAGUGAUUAUGGAUUUAAUAACGGGACGUGCAUGAGGAUACCCGCAGAUAUCGUGAGACCCGUCACGUGUGUGAGAGUUCCCACGAGAGUGCCAAUCAAUGGUGUUCCGGCAGUGAACAAUGAUCCCGCUUACCACAUCUACGAGGAGAUUAACGACCUUCAUGACCUACCUUUAUCUUUAGUAGAUAACAGGAAUCUGCAAACACAAAACAAUGGUGCUUUUACUCAUAAUGCAAAUUCAUGGAGUUCGAUUUCUUUACACAACCAAUCCAAUCGCAUUUCGGCGGACGGACGUAUACAAAAUAGGACGAAUGUAAACGAGUCUUCGGAUGUAUUUUUACCCAAAAGAUCAAAUGUCAAUUCCACAGAAGGACCUUAUAUGGUUGUACCUAUUGUGUGUAAAACAGACGACAAAUCAAAACGCAAAGACUGUGUUUGUGACAUAUCCAUUGUUUCGAACAGGUUCACGUGCGCUUGCAAGUGCCGGAAACAAUUUAAGAAAUCCGAGUCAAACUACAGCGAACCUUGGGAUAGCAGUGAAAGCUCGUGUUCUGUCGGGUUCGUGAGUCGGAAAAAUUCAUCACAUGAAAAAAAGUCGAACUCUCAGACACAUCGUCAUGACAGUACGCGCUCCUACGUCACAUCAAACUCAAGUGAAUAUAGUUCUAGUUCUGCCAAAAGUUCAAUCGCUUCCAGGUCAUCUGGACCGGAUAUGGACGGAAAUGAUACUUGUUGCGAGUAUGACAUGAGUACGUCAAGUGAAUCUGAUGUCGCGGAGGAAUACCGUUCCCAUUUAGAUAAAGUGCAUCAGAACUUAAUUCUCAAGGAACAGGUUCGAAACAUAAUCCACUCGCUAAGCAACAGUGGUAAUGUUACAGAAGACAGUACUAAUACUCUGGAAAGGGGGUCGGACGUUGAGUCUGUCCGAACUGUGUCAAGUCUGUCCGGACGGUCGUCACAACCCACACUCAGUACUGGGGAAGUGUCGGACCCGGAUGUACUAGCUGACCGAUCAGAAUCUGACGAUAGUAGUGGAUAUUAUGAAUAUUCAGAGGAAAGAAACGGAAACAGUUGUUCAGAUGAUGCUUCGCAAGCGCAGACAUCUUCGAAAUCAGAAUCUCACAAAUCUCACCACAAGCACAAAUCUCACAAAACAAAACACAAAAAGUGUCCAUUUGAGGUAAAAAGCUCCAUACUUGAAGACACAGAAAUGUACCUUUUACCUUCAAGUAGGAAAGACUCCGAAUGUGAUAACGUCCGAGUGUACCGAAAGCCUUUACUACUUCCGCCUCAACAGACAUUGAUUUACCAGGAUCCAAACAGAUCUAAAACAAGGAAUGGGAACAGGCUUUUGGGUGACCUGAUCCGUAUGAACUAUGACAAACAACACAUGAUACGCGUGUAGCGUGUGUCUUUUGUGAUACUCGUGUAGCCUGUGUCUUUUGUGAUACGCGUACUGGUGUAACCAAGAUGCGCGUGAGACAUUCCGAGUGUUCGUUGUGUUGAUCGUUUUGGAUGAAAAUUACUUGUGUAAUUUAAUUUCUCCAUGGAACGAUCUUCUUUUUGGAUGAAAAUAUUUACUGACUUUCUUGAAAUUCAAAUUUCUCCAUGGAAUAUUGCAUGCUGAUAAAUUUAGUAAAUCUACAAAGCAAGUGAAACUUUGGGGGAAACAUAAGGUUCAUUCUUUAUACUGUAGAACAUUGGACCCUUCUUAAUACAAUGAUAUCAUAAAACUACCAUGCAUUUUAAUUUUAUCAGCCCAUCUUCUUAUUUUCAAAAUACUACGAAAAUGAAGAAAUUUAACAUUUAUUGUAAUUUGGAGCAAUUUUUCGGGGAAAGUUUCUCUGGAAAUAUUUUAUUGAUGUGUUUAGAAUGAAAACUAGUCGAUCACAUAUCCCGUAAAACCGAAAAUAGUGUAAGUCAGUUCUUCAAUUGUAUACAAUGUAACAUACUUUGUGUUUACAAAUGGAUUCUACAAGAACGUUUAUUUUUUUAUCUCAAAUACACUCAAAGUGAGAAUUAUGAUAAAUAUCAUUGAGGUGCUGUCUAGAUUGAAUGGAAAGAAAUGGAAAAUAAGUAUCGUAGAGAAAUAGAAUAUUGAAUGUGUUUGGAGUAUCGCGAGAAAGGAUGUGUCAAGCUUAGUCGCCAUGUUUAAAUAUAUGUGUGAGAGUGAGAUAUAAGUAUGACUUGGAGUUGAGAGAUUUAUAUACACAAAUAUGUAAUAUAUUAACGAUUUAGAUUUGAUCUUGCAAUAAUGAGACAGAAAUUAAUCGCUAUUAAAAUAUGAAAA